UCACCAAAACAAAAAUAUGAGUGAAAAGAGAGAAUUUGAAAAUCCAUUUCCACAUUAUAAAGAUGAGCAUUUGACUGAUCCAAAAGGACAGUUGAAAUCAGAACUGAAAGAAAAUGUACAAAGAGCCAUCAAUAAAUUAUUAGAAAAACUAUAUAGAGGAUUGGAAAGUGAAGAUGACAGUAACUAUACAGUAUAUACAGGAACUGGAGGCAUUGCACUUCUUUAUAUCCAUCUACAAAACAAACUUGUGCCUGGUAGCCAACAGUAUUUACAAACAGGGCUACAGUACUUAAAAAGACCUCUUCGCCAUUUGAAGGGGAGAAAAUAUACUUUUCUGUGUGGGGAUGCAGGCCCUUUAGCUAUUGGUGCUGUAAUAAAUCACAUGUUGAGACAUGAAGAUGACAGGAAAUCUUGUCUUGACAGACUUGCGGGGUUGCAUGGCACAGUAUUUACUGAUAGAUCACUGCCAGAUGAAGCACUAAAUGGGCGUGUUGGAUAUCUGUAUUCUCUGCUUUAUGUUCAACAUCACAUAGGAGAAGAAGUAGUAGAUAAUGCCCUCAUCAGCAAGGUGGCAUCUUCGAUUAUAGAUUCUGGAAGGAGAUUGUCACAACAGGAACAGUGUCACUGUCCCCUGAUGUACGAGUGGCAUGAAAAGAAAUAUCUUGGAGCAGCUCAUGGCAUUGCUGGGAUUCUGUAUUUGUUAAUGCAGAUAAAAGAUCCAUCUUUCAAUGACACAUUACAAACUUUAGUUCGACCAACAGUUGAUUGGAUGAUGUCAUUACAGUUUCCGUCAGGGAAUUGUCCCUCAUCAAUUGGGAGUUCUUCAGGUGACAAGCUGAUACACUGGUGUCAUGGUGCCCCUGGUUGGAUUUACAUGUUUAUUAAAGCUUACCAGUUAUUUUCAGAUAAGAAGUAUUUAGAAGCAGCCAAGAGAUGUUCUUCUGUAAUUUGGGAGAGAGGUAUAUUGAAGAAAGGAUAUGGAAUCUGUCAUGGUACUGCUGGAAAUGGUUAUGCCUUUCUGGCUAUGUACAGAAUGACCAAUGACCAGAAAUACUUAUAUCAGGCUUAUAAGUUUGCCGAAUGGUGCAUUGAUUAUGGUAAACAUGGAUGUAGAAUAGCAGAUACACCAUACUCUUUAUUUGAAGGUAUGGCAGGAACAAUAUAUUUCCUAAUUGACUUACUAGAUCCUUCCAAUGCCAGGUUUCCUGCUUUUGAACUUUGAAAUUUAAACAGUUGAUUCAAUAUGACUUGAAGUCUACUCAGGAUUGGAAGGCUUGUAUGCUUCAACAAACAUCAAUAGAACAGUAAUUCCUUUAAGGCUAUAACAACUACUGUAGCUUUUACAAUACAUUAGCAAAUGUAAUAUUCAGUUUGAAGGAAAAUCAGGAACUUAUAUAAGUGUGAAGAAAGUGAUAAGUUUAAUACUGUCACAUGAGUAAAGUGAAAAAAAACAGAUGUAACAGAAAUAUAUAUGAAAACCUACUCAUUUAAUGGAUAUGUUGGUGUCUUAUUGCGAUUUAUAUUUCUGUAAUGCCACAGAGUUCUAUAUACCAUAGUACAAAUCUCAUUGUUGAAAAGAUAAUACAUUGUAUUUAAAGCAUUUGGUUUGUAGAUUUGUCAUGUUAGAGUGAUUUAUGCUUUGAUGUUGCAUAAUAAUUAUUAUAUUGUCAAAUAAAGCAUAUAAACUGUGUGUUAGCAUGACAAAAGUGGUCUGUCAAGGUGUAACUAUUUAUUGAAGUCAUAUACAGAUAGCAUUCCAUUCUGAUCCUAGUACUCAAUACAAAUCAUGUACAGAUUUCAAAUAAUCAGUGCUACAGUGAUGACUGGUAUAUAUUCAAAAUGUAUAAAAUCUAACUGCUUCAAAAGUGGAAUACCAGACAAAGGAGUGUUAGAUUUCUGGUAUUUGACAAAGAGACAUCUUACAGGAGGCUGCAUUUUUUUCUACAAAUAUAAUCACUUGUAUUACCAUUGUAUUUUGUAUUAUAUUUUUCAUUCACCUUGAAGUUCAUUUCUGUGUGUGUUUAAUUAUAACAUAGAAGAACGAGGUUCACAGUGCACUUUAAAAAAUAUUUUCAAUGAAUACUUGAAUAAAGAAUGAUGAAUGGU